CAACCUGAUCCCCCCGUUUCAAAGCUACCACACUUUUCAGAGACACUGAAAAAUAUUUACACUUUCCCUUAACCUUCACACAAGUGGGGUCCACAAAACAAUCCCUCGUAAUCAUCCCUUUCCCCAUUUACACAAACAAACACAACGACGCCACUCCCCAGAUCAAAGAACCAUUUCUCUCGCGCCAGUCAAAAACCCUCUCAGAGAAAGCACACAACAAAGAUGACCGACGAAGACAAACCCAAAGCCUUCUCCGGCGGCCAUCACAACCACCCUCCGCCGCAGCCACAACCCUUCCCCGCCGCCCAGUAUGGCACCUUCCAAGGCGUCGCCAACUACCCUCCGCCGCAGCCGCACCCCGCCAUCGGCUUCCCUCACCCGGUUCCGCCGCCCGGCGCCGUCGACUCCUCCGCCCCUCCUCCGCCCUACUACCCGGGCUACCAAGCCGUUCCCGGUUAUGCAGUUGCUGAAGGAAGACCUGUAAGAGAACGCCGCCUUGGUUGCUGUGGCCUUGGAUGCGGCUGGUGUCUGUUUAUAUUAGGCUUCUUUCUUGCUGGCAUUCCGUGGUAUGUUGGGGCAAUAAUUAUGCUUUGUUCCAGAGUAGACUAUCGAGAGAAACCCGGAUAUAUUGCUUGUGUAGUUGCUGCUGUUCUGGGCACAAUUGCAAUUAUUCUUGGUGUGACAGAGGGAGUAGAUGACUGGUAAUCUUCAUGUCAAGAGUUGUGUAAAGUUUGUUAGACGAGUGGUGUAUGUAAAGUGAAACAGUUGCUGGAAAUUAUGUCUGAGUUCGAUUUAUGUGUUCAUUGAGAACUGCUACCAUAUGUGAUAUGAAUUGUUUGAUUUAUUACAAGGUUCUCCUGGUCCUGACUAAAGAUAUAUAUGAUGGGGCAAGACUUGAUAUUUGUAUGGAACAAUUUUAUAGUGAGUUAACUAUUCUAAUAUAUACUGACAUUAUUUGUGUGAAA